GGUCAAGUGAGGCCCGCCCCGCUUCUUCCUAUUAUAAAUUCUCGACGACUCACAUUUCACUCCUUUUUCCCUUCUCCGUCUCUCUUUUCUUCCCUUCCUGUGUCAUCUUCUUUCUCCAUUUCUCCCCGUGUUUUUCUUUCCACGGAACGAUUUUCGUCCAUUGAGAUCUGAUUAAUUCGGGAAGACGGAGAAAGGGAUGCGCUUUUUUCUUCCUUUCUAGGGUUUCUUUUCUGCCUCGCCCUCCAUUGCUUUGCAACUGCGUGUUGCUGCCGUCUGUCUGGGCUUUUUUUUUUUUUUUUUUUUUUUUUAAAUGGACGGAGGGGGAGGAACUUUGUCUUCAAUGGAUGCUUUUGAUUCCUUCCUCUUCUCUCUUAGCAAUGCAUUUUCUACUCCUCUUGCACUCUUCGUUCAGAUCCAGGGAUGCGUUAUCUGCCUAGUUCUUGCUUUUGGGUGGGCUUGUGCUGCUUAUGUCAGAAAUAGAGAAAUUAAACGUAUAAAGGGGAGAGUUCGAGCUGGCAAUAGCUUUGCUUUCAUUUGCAAUGACAUCAGUGAACUCGAGCACUCCAAUCAAGUCAAUCUACCGAGGGUGACAGUUAUUAUGCCUUUAAAAGGGUUUGGAGAACAUAAUUUACACAAUUGGAGAAGCCAGGUGACGUCCCUUUAUGGAGGUCCUUUAGAAUUUCUUUUUGUGGUGGAAAGUACGGAGGACCCUGCUUACAAUGCUGUAUUGCGGUUGCUAUCUGAUUAUAGGGAUGAUGUGGAUGCUAGAAUUCUUGUGGCUGGGCUAGCAACAACUUGCAGCCAGAAAAUUCACAAUCAAUUGGUUGGGGUGGAGGAAAUGCAUAAAGAUACCAAAUAUGUGUUAUUUUUGGAUGAUGAUGUCAGGUUACAUCCUGGAACAAUUGGAGCCCUCACAGCUGAAAUGGAAAAAAAUCCUGAUAUAUUUAUCCAAACUGGAUACCCUCUUGAUUUACCUUCGGGGAGUUUAGGGAGUUAUUGCAUCUAUGAGUAUCAUAUGCCUUGUUCAAUGGGCUUUGCUACUGGUGGAAAAACAUUUUUUCUUUGGGGAGGUUGCAUGAUGGUAAGUUGGUUCUACAUCUUUGUAACUACUGUAUGUGUAAGAUAUCAAGCUAUCUUAACUUCAUUCGACUUGUUACAGAUGCAUGCUGAUGAUUUUAGAUAUGACCGUUAUGGAGUGGUCUCUGGACUUCGAGAUGGUGGAUACUCAGACGAUAUGACUCUAGCGGCUAUAGCAGGUGCUCAUAAGAGGCUUAUUACAUCACCUCCUGUUGCAAUUUUUCCUCAUCCUCUUGCUAGUGAUCUUAACUUGGGAAGGUAUUGGAAUUACUUGAGGAAACAAACAUUUGUUUUGGAAUCAUACAUAUCACAUGUUAACAAGAUAAUGAACCGAGCAUUAUUUACAUCUCACUGCUAUCUGUCGUGGGGGUUUGUGGCACCAUACUUUAUGUCUAUGAUCCACGUUGCCGCAGCACUACGGUUCUAUACUAAAGGGUACUCACUCGAGGAAGCAGGUUUUAGUUCUGUGGGGAUGUCAAUGGUCUGCAGUCUUGCUGCAUGCACCGUUAUAGAACUCUUCUCAAUGUGGAACUUGACACGGGUAGAAGUUCACUUAUGCAACAUUCUGUCCCCUGAGGCUCCCCAGCUCUCUCUUGCUUCCUACAACUGGGGAUUGGUAUUCAUUGCAAUCUUGGUGGACAACUUUUUGUACACUAUCUCUGCAAUACGUUCUCAUUUUUCUCAAUCAAUCAACUGGUCAGGCAUUCGAUAUUACUUGAAAGAUGGGAAGAUAAACAAGAUUGAAAGAAGUAUACCAAAAGUUGAUAUGGGUCCAAUUUAUACGGACUUGGGAGGGAAGCAUUUGUAUGGGAAGAAAGGAAUGGCUCCAAAGGUAUCAUUCCUGGGCUCCUUGGCCAAAACUUUGGCACAGUGGCGUCAACCUAAGAAAUUCGAUAGCUAGGAUAGAGUUGUUCACAAGAACUGCUAAUUAUUGAUGAUAUGAUGUGUUCCCAUUUGGGGAUCUCAUGGGGAAGGGCCGAUAGAGCAAUAUAGGUGAAAGAGUGGAUUGAAUAGCUUAGAUUCUUUGGGACUACUCUGCCGCUCCAUUUGUUGAUUGUUCAUUAUUAUAUAGAGUUCUAGGCACUUCCUCUCAUUCUUUUCUUUAUUCCUGUUUCAUCCAUUUUAUUCCCACCUCGCCAGGGUUUGAUUAGGUAAUUGGCAGUGAUUUUUUUUCCCCCCAUGUGAUUCUUGUAAUUUCAAUUAUACAACCUUGUGAUUUCCCCUCUUGUUUGCUAUUUGAAAUGAUGUAACUCUCUGGUAGUGACAGUCUAGUGAUUAUUGUGUACCUCCUUGUGCCCUCGGUAUUUAUGAUAUUGUAUUAAGUACUUAAGUAAUACGAAGUUGCGAUAUUGUUCUUGACUUUAUACUAUAUGAAUAAUACUAUAGCUACUAUUGGAAG